UAUUCAGUCUCCUGUCUUCAUAAGAGAAAGAGCCAAUUACAAACAGAAAUAGUGAUCAUAUUUCAAACGAAAUGGAUUAUACUGAAAUUCCUUAUCCAACAGACAUCAAAUUGAGAAUAGCAAAUAGAGAGUGGGCUAAUUCUUAUGGAGAACAGGUGACCUAUAUUUUUUAUAAUAUUUUCUAUACUUUGGAAACAUUUCCAUGGGGUCAAGUAUCAAAGUUCAAUUUAAAUGAAUCAUUUCCCAAUGAUUGUGUAAGACAUAGCUUAUGAAAACACUACAUUUAUGGGUGUUUUCUGUCACAUCAUAUUUUAUUUUACUUAAAAAAAUUCAGAUUUCUAUUUUUACUUUCACUUUCUAUUUGUUAAAAACCUGUCUUAUGUUGUAGACCUAUAACACUUUUGUGAAAUACAAUAAUAGGUAAACACAGAUGAACCAUACCCUUCUCCAUUGACAAAAGAAGAAGCUCUCAAAAACUAUUGUUUUAAAGAGUUAGACAAAAUUGCUUUAGAGGCAAUAACACCAAUGAUUACGAAAAAUUCUUUAUCUCAUCUAGUAGAUCAUUUAACAGCAGUUUGCAAAGAUGAAAUGGAAAAACUUCGAAUAAUUUUUCGCUGGAUUACUUCACCAAAAUUAAAAGACAUUGACACCAAUAAUUUACCUUUUGGAACAGUUGGAUAUGAAAUACAAAACAUAUUAGAAACUGGCAGAAAUACUGCACUUUUUACAAAACUUUGCAGCCUAGCAAAUCUUUCUUGUGCUACAGUUUGGGGCAUUUAUAAAAGCUUUGAAAAUGAUAAAACAGGCAUUUGUAAAUGGACUAUUGUUAAAGUUUCUAAUAAAUGGUACAUAUGCCAUCCACAUUGGGCAUGGUUUCAUACAAUAAGUGAUAUGGAAGGGUGGACUUUAAUAUCUAAUAAAGACAAAGUCAAACAUUCAAAGGAUGAACGAGUUUAUGUAUUUAAAGAGGAAUACUUUCUUUCUAAUCCAGAACAAUUCAUAUUUCAAUUUUUCCCUGACAAUCCUAAAAAUCAGCUGUUAGCUCGUUCAUUUACAAAACAAGAAUUUCUUGAAGCAACCAUAAUACGGAUGCCAUUUUUUAACAAUGGCUUGUCAAUUCUUUCUCAUCCUAGACAAACCAUUGAAACAAACAAAGCCAAUAAUGAAAUCAUAUUUGGUAUUAGCAAGAAUUUUUAUUGUGACAUAAACUUUUAUUUAUAUAUGUUGAAUGGAUCAGCUUGUGAUAAUAAGAAUGAAAUGGUGGUGACUAAAGAUGGUCAAAUCAAAACAUAUUGUAUUGCUUUUGUUGAAAGGAAAAGGGAUAGAUGUGUGAUUUGGCUGAGGCUUCCUUUUCCUGCAAAAUAUCAAUUUAUUAUAUGGACAGCAACAAAAUUCUUGUGUGCUUACAUAAUUAAUUACCAGAUCCUACCAGGCGAAGAAAUGCCAAAACAAAAAUUGUUUUUUCCAAAAGCUAUUUAUAAUAAAAUGGGAGAAAACAAUAUUACGAGAAAACUAAAUUUCUCCAAUUUUAAUCCACAAACUGGAAUUGUGAACUGUGAUGAAAAUGGAUAUGCAAUUAUUGAAUUUAAUGCCAAUACUGAGGAAUAUUCUAUAACUUUUAAACUUUUAAGUAAUGAUAUGGAGGAGACAGAAUUAAGAAAGCAUUGCCUGACAACUUUUGAGUACAACAGAGCCUGUAUAAGAGUGUUUUUACCUAAAAAGGGAGAAUAUGUUCUAAACAUAUAUGCUAAGAAGAGAUGUGAAGAAGGGGAUUAUUCAGGCUUAUGUUCCUUUAUGAUUGUUUGUAGAAAUGAUCCAAAAGUGCAAAUUCAAAUUGCGGCUAAACAAUUGAAUAUCCCAAUUGGACAAUAUGAAAAAUUUCAGAUGCAUCAAUUAAAGACAGAAGAAGGUUUUUUGCCUUUACAACAUGUCUACAAAUCAAUUGAUUUUAGAUUUUAUAAAUUAAAAGAAUGUGAAUUUUUGUGUCAUUUAUUUUACACCUGUUCAUCUGCAAUUGAAACUGAACUGGAUAGAUAUCAAUUUCAUAUCAAUAACAGAACUGAAGUUAAGUUUAUGGUCAAAUUUCCAAUGCCAGGUAUUUACACUUAUGAUAUUUAUGUAAGAGAGAGCAACUCAACAAGCAGUUAUGGUCUAGCCUACAGUUGUGUGUUUGUUGUAAGCCAAGGAUUCAAUGAAAGUUUUGAAUUUCCCAAUAUUAAAAACCCUUGUUUAUUGAUGGAACCAUUUCACAAACUAUACUACAACACAGAUGUUAAAUUUCAAGUAAAAAUUCCAAAUGCAAAAAAAGUUGCUGUUGUUAGAUCAUCAGAUAAAGAAUGGUUUCAUGCUGAUUGUAUUAAUGAUAAAUGGAAUGUUAUGGGUAACACUGGAGAAGAAUCAGGAGUGUUGGAUUUGUAUAUAAAUUUUAAUUCAAGUUCAAACUCAUAUGACUGGUUUGGUAAAUUUAAAGUAAGAAACUAAAAAUUGUUGUUUGAGACAAAUAAUUCAAGUGUUUAGCAAAAUAGACAAGAAAAGUUCAUUUUUUUUCCAACUUUAGAUUUAUAAGAAGAAUGAUAAAUCAUUGAAUGAAUCUGAAGAACCUCCAUUGCCAUCUUUCAUUAAUGCAGUAUUAAUAUAUCAUUUACAUUUCCUCUAAUGUAUUUUAAGUGAAUAAUCAUUUUCAAUUUUUCCAGAUUGAAAAUAUAUUUAAAGUUCAUAACAAAGAUUGUAAUACUCUAGCAGAGAGUAUUCAAGCUAUUUCUCUUGAAGAAAAUCAACAAUCUGCCAACUAUUGGAUAAGUGUUUUGAAUGAAAUUCUGGGAAGUAAUGAAGUGGAUGAUGUUUGCAGAAGUCUGGAUAUAAAAUCAAAAACUGAAAUUCUGAAUGAAAAAGUGUUGAAUUGUGAUCCCAGAUGUUUGGGAGAGUUGAGUACAAUGUUGAACCCUUCAUCUGAUGUUGAUGCCGCAAUAAAGUCACUGCUUCUAAUUUUAGGAGUUGAUGAGUCUGAGUUAGAUAAUUGGGAAAACUGUCAAAAGCAUCUUCAAUUGUAUACUGCAAAAGGUCUUUUGUACAAAAUUCGAGAAGUCAACCUUUCAAAUAUUAACCCAGCUAAGAUUGAAAAGGCUAAACAUUUAGUAAGGGAAUCGGACUUUAAUAGUGUUCUUAGAGAGAGUAAAGGUGCAGCAGCACUUUAUGCCUGGAAUCGUAACAGUCUUUUAUACAUUGAUCAUUGUAACUCCAAUUAUGAAGGAUCUUUCGCUUGAAUGACAGAACACAACCAAAGUUUCAUAAUUCAUGUAUCGGUGCAAUUGAAAAGUCUUAAUAAUGCCUAAUCUCAAUCUAUAACCACAUAAGCUUUUCAGAUUACUAUUAAUCCAUCUUUUAUUUCAUGAAAUGCAUUUCUGAAGAUUUUCAGAUGUCUGAUUUCUAACUGUAGAAUCUAUACAGUAAUGUUAGAUUGAACACAUUUACUUAAUACAUAUUCCUUUGGCACAAUUUUGAAAUUUCUAUCAUACUGUAGUAAUAGUUGGAAUAUUAUUAAUUCUGAAAUAUGAUAUUUGUGGGGAACAGAUGAAGCCAUAGUGGGGUUAAACCAUACCUGAGUGAAAUCAUACCCAUUAGGGGUAAAGCUUUACUCAUGAAAUUCUAGCCAUUUCUUUUAUUAAUACCAAAGAAAAGCAGGUAUAAUACUAAGAAUGUGUUAGUGAAAAACAUUUAAGAAUUCAAGAUAAAAAAUAUCGAAGUAUUUACUAUCAAAGAAAGAGUACUAUGAAGCAUAAAUGAUGUUUGAACUAAUAUUGCAUUAGCCAGUUAGGGUUCAAAUCUUUAUCAUUUAUGUUAUUGUGUCAUCUCUUCACACUGUUAUUAGUCCCUGUAGAUAAUUCAUAAAUAAACCAAUUCUCCAUAUACUUUCAUUUUCAAAAAUUAGUCAUAAAAAAGCCAUGAUGCAAUUGGCAAGUAAAUAGUUAAUCCUGGGAAAAAUUGAUUCAAGUUUUAACAACAACCUUGAAAAUGACAUUGUCAACAAUAGUUGUCAGAAUAUGUAAUG